AUGUCCAACACCAACCUCCAAGAGCUCAAUGCUAAGAUGCAGGCACUCAUCGAUGCUUUUGAGUCCCACCCCGGGUGCCAACCCCCUAACACCCACCCAACUAUCUUCUUCCUGUACGACUUCGUCCGCAACUCCCACAACCAGCUGAAGGCCGUUGACGCCGCCAAGUACGCUGCUGGUGAUAGCGCUGCUAAGGCUGCUGUGGUCGAGGUUGAGGGUCGUAAUGGGUUUGCUAAUAUCCUCGUCAAUGACACUACCGGCAAGCUGUCCAUGAUGACUGGCGGCGACCCCUCCAAUCCUGCUGAUUUUGGCGCGGAGAUCAAGGCUAAGGCGCUGGCUUUGACUCAGUAA